AUGGACAUCAACUACUCUGAGUUGGUGAAGGGCUUGAACUAUCCCAGAAUCAAAGUUGUCAGUGAAUAUGUUACCAGAGUUGAAAUUGUAGAGCAGAUAAGGUGUGCUGUGGGUGCCCUGUCCAAGUCAGUAUAUGAAAGGAUGUUUAAGUGGCUGGUGGCAUGGAUCAACAGGGCCCUGGAUGUCAAGCUGCCAAGGCAGUGCUUCAUUGAUAUUCUUGAUGUUACUGGCUUUGAAAUACUUGAUGUAAUCUUGUCUUUGAUGUAUAACAACCUUGAGCAACUGUGCAUUAAUUUUACCAGUGAAAAAUGGCAACAGUUCUUCAACUGGCACACGUUUGUUCUGGAACAAGAGGAAUAUAUGAAAGAAGACAUUAAAUGGGUAUCUAUUGACCUUGGUCUGGGUUUGCAGACCUGCAUAAAUUGAGAAUUUAAUCCAAUUGGCAUCUAUUUUAUCCUUGAAGAGACAUGUAUAUUCCUUAAGGCUAAAGAUGGGAUUUUCAAGACCAAAUUCUUUGGCAGUCAUAUUGAAAAGUCUGUUUAUAUCCAGAAGCCCAAGCCUGAUAAGAGAAGGAAAUAUGAAGUUCACAUAGAACUUGUCUAUUGUGCAAAAGUGGUGCCAUGGAACAUCAGUGGUUGGCUUGAAAAGAACAAAGACCCUCUUAAUGAAACAGUGGUGCUGGCUGCAUUUCAGAAAUCUUCCAACAAAAUCCUGGUGAGUCUUUUUGAAAAUUACAUCAGUACUGACAGUGGUUAUUCAGAAGACAGCCUAGAGGGGAGGGGGUGGUUUGCAAAGCCCCAGCUGCCGUUUGGGGUGGAUCAAGGAGUCACUGCUGAAAGCGGUGUCUGCCUUCCCACAGGUGAGAAGGGAGACCGGAGGUCAGAGGUCCCACUGUCAGACCGGAUGGCCUGGAGAGGGUUAUGGGCUUCUGUGCGCCCACUUCCAGGGGAGUCCAAGAACACACUUCUUUUGAUCCAGUGGAACAUAAGAGCUUUCCUGGCUGUGAAGAACUGACCACAGAAGAGACUCUUCUUCAAGAUCAAGUUUCUUAGUAAGUCUGCUGGAGUGGGACCGGAGAUGGUUACAUUAAAGGAAGAGUGUGUGCAACUGUAGAAAGCCUUGGAGAAAUCAGAACCUCUGAGGACAGAAUUGAAAGCAAAGUAAGUCUCCGUCAUCUGCAGAAAGAAUGACCUGAUGAUGCAGGACCAGGCAGAGCAAGAAACCCUGGCAAAUGUUGAAGAGCAGUGCUAGUCGCUGAUUAAAUCCAAGAUCCAGCUGGAGGCCACAGUCAAGGAGCUGGUGGAGGGGGUGGAGGAAGAAGAGGAGAUAAAUUUUGAGCUGACUGCCAGGGGGUGGAAACUGGAAGAUGAAUACUCCAGUUAGAAGAAAGAAAUCAAUGACCUGGAAACAAUAUUGGCGAAGUCAGAGAAGGAGAAACGUGCUAUUGAGCACAAGUCACAGAAUACCCUGACCCAUGCCCUGCAGUCAGCCGAGCAUACAUGUGACCUGUUGCAAGAGCAGUACAAGGAAGAGUAUGAGGCCAAGGUUGAGCUGCAAAGGGCUCUAUCCAGAGACAAUGCUGAAAUGGUGCCAUGGAGAAUGAAGUAUGAAAAUGAUGCCAUCCAGAGAACAAAAGGCAUGGAAGAUGCCAAGAAGAAGCUGGCAAUUCGGUUGCAGGAAUCUGUUGAAGCUGUAGAGGUGACCAAGGCGAGAAACGCUUCUCCGGAGAAAGAUAGGCACAGACUGUAG